CCCACUGUUCAAUUUCAAAAUAACUCAAAAAAAGAACCCCAAAAUUCCCCGCCACCACAACCACCAUCAUGUCCACCAGUAACCCUUUUUCCACCACCACCACAACAACAUCAACUCCUCCACCACCACCACCACCAACACAACAACAACAACAACAACAGCAACAGCAACAACACAUUUACCCAAAUAUAAGACCUUCAACAACACCAAAUCCAAAUCAGGGAAUUUUAUACCCAGUAGCUUCAUCUGGGCGAGGGUUUAUACAAAAACCGCUUCGUCCUAAUUCAAAUACUUCUGAUCACACUGUUACUGUCGCCAAUCACGCUCCCUACCCUCCUCGCCCUAAUCACCUCCCACACCACCAUCACCUUGUUAGGCCUCCUUUCACUCAUCAACACCACAUCCCUCCUAUUAGGGGCAUUCCCGUUUCUUCUCCCCACCCUAAGGUUGUUCCAUCUUCAUCUCCAAUGGUUGAUUCUAAUGGAUAUAAAAACUCAAGGGAUAGAAAAGAUGAGACCAGUGCCAUUAUAAGAGAUCGAAAAGUCAGAAUAUCAGAAGGCGCUUCUCUUUAUGCACUUUGUCGAUCAUGGUUGAAAAAUGGAUUUCCCGAGGAAAUUCAGCCGCAAUAUGGAGAUGGUGUAAAGUCUCUCCCACGACCUCUGCCUAUGCCCGUGGACUCAAAUGUGGCAAAGAAAAGGGAAGGUGAAGAAGAAGAAGAAGAAGAAGAAGAGAAGGGCGAUGAUAAGGAAGAGGUUGCUCAUUUAUCGGAAAAAGAACUAUUGAAAAGACACGUUAAACAUGCUAAGAAGGUUCGAGCAAGGUUAAGGGAAGAACGGGCAAAACGAAUAGAGAGGUACAAAACAAGGCUGAGUCUUCUCCUUCCCCCACUAGUAGAACAGAGCCGAAAUGAUGGUGCAGCUGGGAACUGAAAAUCUGAUCCAACACUGGAGGCAAUUAUGCUUAGUCUUAUCUUUCUGAGUACAUAAGGGGUAGUUCUUUUGAGGUAGCAAAAAAAAGUGAUGGUGUAGCAGACUUUGUAGGAUGCUAUCAUUUUGGCAAAAACUGUUUUUACAAAUAGAAAUAGAUAUACAAUUCUUAGGUGUCUGUAAUGUUACAUCAAUUAUCAAUGUGCAGGCUUGAAACAGAGUGGCAAAAUAUUGAUUUAGCUUUUGUAUUGUAAUAGACAAGUAUGGAAUGAGAUUCUGUAACUUUAAUGUUUUUCACUGCGUGAGCUAUUGGCUGAGAAUUUCCCUUUUUACCUCAGUCAAACUU